AUGAGCAGCAAAGAACCAGCGAAGCUCGACGAUGAGCAAAUCGCCGAGCUCCGAGAAAUUUUCCGAUCAUUCGAUCGAAACAACGACGGAAGCCUAACCCAACUCGAACUCGGCUCCUUACUACGCUCCCUCGGCCUAAAACCAAGCCCCGAUCAGCUCGAAACACUGAUACAAAAAGCAGACAAGAAUAGCAACGGCCUAAUCGAGUUCUCGGAGUUCGUGGCACUGGUGGCGCCGGAACUUCUCGAGGCGAAAUCGCCCUACACGGAGGAGCAAUUAAAGCAGUUGUUCAGGAUGUUUGAUAGAGAUGGAAAUGGGUUUAUCACGGCGGCGGAGUUGGCUCACUCGAUGGCGAAGUUGGGCCACGCUUUGACGGCGGAGGAGCUCACCGGAAUGAUCAAGGAGGCUGAUACGGAUGGAGAUGGGAGGAUUAGUUUUCAGGAGUUCUCUCAGGCGAUCACUUCGGCUGCUUUUGACAAUUCAUGGGCUUGA